GUAUAAACAGGAUUCGGAAUAUGACAAUGAUUGUCGUCUGUCAAUAAUUUUGAUGUUUGUAUAAUUGUCGAAUCACUGACAGCUGACCGCUAACGUCUUCUCGGCUUCCGCCUGUCGUCACCCGUCAGAGAAUAUGUUUUGUCUGCAUAAAAUAACAUUUACUUCUUUAUCAAAUAUACUUAAUUUUAAGGUUUUGAAUACCUGUUUUAGAUUUUAAAAUAUAUACUGCUCUAAAUGCUAUAAUAAAUUGGUGCUGCUAUUCAUAAACAUUGAGAGUAUCAAGAGUAAGCUCACUGAUUAUGGCUAUUCUUCAUAGAGCGCUUUUUACAUGGUUUAUAUUUUUAGUAUUUUUAAUACUACUUUGUCUACGUCUCGAAUCGAGAACCCAUUGGAAUUGGUUCAUUGUUUUUAUUCCCAUGUGGGUGUAUGACAGCAUUUUAUUGAUAUAUGUUGUAUUCCACAUGGUUUCCCACUGCAGAAAUGGACUAGAAAGGUUUCGCGGGACUAUAAAUAAAAACGUUUGGUACAUUGCUGCUAUAGGACUGAAAAUGGCUGCUCAAAUUAUUAUUUGUAUAAAACUAGAAUACACGAAAGUAAACCUCCCAAUUUAUGUAGUGAUGACUCCAAUUUGGAUGUUGCUCCCAGUUUUGUGUGUUGAAGUUUUUAUGCACCUGAUAAAAAAUUCCAGUAGAAGUAGAUACUGAAUAUUUGUGUCCUUAAGAUAAA